CUGGAAUUCUCUUGAUUUGUAGAUGAGGUGAUCCAGUCUCAGUUAAUGGAUCAAAGUUCACAACCUGGCAUGCCCAGUAUACCUGUGCUUACUCACAAACCCUAUGUUCGCAUUCUGGAACAGCCAGCUUCACGAAGUCUCAGGUUCCGCUAUGAGUGUGAAAUCGAGGGAAGGUCAGCUGGUAGCAUUGUUGGGGCUAGUAACACUCCAGAAAACAGAACUUAUCCAACCAUUCAGGUGAUGAAUUAUACUGGUCAAUAUGCAGUAGUAGUAUCAUGUGUAGCUAAAGAUGGCCCACCGUACAGGCCUCAUCCGCAUAAUUUGGUUGGAAGAGAAGGGUGUAAAAGAGGUGUUUGUACAUUAUUAGUAAAUAAUCCUGACAUGACUUGUAGCUUUACCAGUUUAGGUAUACAGUGUGUGAAAAAAAGAGAUAUUGACAAAUCAUUAAAAGUACGAGAAGCUCACAAAUUAGAUCCCUUUGGAACGGGUUUUAAUCAUCCAGGCAGCAUAGAUCUGAAUGUUGUUAGAUUGUGUUUCCAAGUGUUCAUACGGGGCUCAGAUAAUGCAUUUUCUUUUCCUUUACCACCUGUUGUUUCUGAUCCUAUUUAUGACAAAAAAGCAAUGUCUGACCUGACAAUCAUUAGAUUAAGUCAUUAUUCGGCACCAGUCACUGGUGGUACAGAAGUCAUCCUUUUAUGUGAUAGAGUUGCUAAAGAUGAUAUUCAAGUUUGGUUUUAUGAGGAACAAAGCUCUCAAAUUUUGUGGGAAAGCCAAGCAGAGUUUCAACCUAGUGAUGUUCAUAAGCAAGUGGCGAUAACGUUUCGGACUCCUCGUUAUCAUAAUGAAAAUGUACAACAACCUGUUCCUGUCUUUGUAGAACUUAGAAAACCUAGUGAAAAUAAACGUGGUGAGCCACGACCUUUUCAGUAUUUGCCAAUGGAAAGAGAUCCCGAAGGUCUAGCUCGAAAGAAGCUAAAAGUUGAAGAGAGAAUUGAUCUAGAAAGAUAUUUUCAAGGAAAUAUGCUGCCUGGAGGUCUUCAACAAGAACAUCCAUUACCUCCUAUUGGUGUGCCAAGGACAUCCAGACAAGCUACUCGACAAGCAAGGGUAAAAGCUGAACCCACUGGUCAAAAUGUUCUUUGUUCUGGAGCUGAGGCUCUCUUUGCUCAGAUGGGUGCAUCCUUCUCACCACCAGAAUAUUCAGCUUCUACAAUGCUAAAUUCUAUGCCGAUUCCUAUUGGUGUCCCCUCACCAUCAUCUCAUCUCAACCCAGCCCAUUCUCCCGGUCUAGCCACGUCACCAGGCGCAGUCAGCCAAGCUUCGCUAACACCUCCUAUGACUGCAAUGCCUUCUCCCGCCAUGCAUGAACAUUAUACACUUGGAAAAGAGGAAGCAGCAAUAGAAGAAGAUGCGAUUGCGGAAAAGAUGGACAGUAUGGGAUUAACUGACUUGAAUUUAUCAGCUAGCAUUUUUGACAGUGGUCCUAGUUUUGCAGAUAUCAAUUACCAGGACGAAGCUGUUGUAACUAAUCAACAACAGUAAUGGAAAUCGACUAAAACAAGAGUAGUUUUUUUAAUAAUGUUUGAAAUGAAUAUAUUGGUAUUAACCUUUUACACAUUUUGAAUAGAGUUUUUAUCUGUUAUUAUUAAAAUAGUCUUUAUUGUUUUCAUUCUCAAGUUUAUGAAUGUGAGAAUAUGAAAAAAAUGAAGAAAUACAAUACUUAAUUUUUAAAUUAUUUAUUGCUACAUUUUGGAAUAAUUAUCUUUGUAUGUGAGCUAUGUAAAUUAUCAUCUUUUUUAUGUCACUUUCAAUGGGUAAAUAUUAUGCGUCAUUUAGUUUUGUACUUAAAUUACAUACAUUUUAUUGCGUUCACACCUUUAUUCUUUUCAUUAAAGUCACGAUAUUACAUACAAUUAAUUGGGUUCAUAAACAUUGUUUCAUCUUAAUUCUGAAAAGUAUUUUAUCAAAUAAUGAUAUCAUGCUUGAUUUAUGCUUUUUUUUUUUUUUGCGAUUCAUGUUGGCAUUCUUUAUGUACAAUAUUCAUGAAACUGUGUGAAGUUUUAUCUCUAUUUUCUUUUUGUAUUUGUUUCAAUAACAUAUUGAAUGCCAUGAUUUUGAGUAAUUUGUGUUUUGGCUUGGGGAGAGAAAGAAAAAAGAUAAAUGUUGGUGAUGUUAUGGUUUAAGAGAUCUGAAAUCAAAAAAGCACAAAAUCAAAUUUGUGUGUCAAUGUUUGUUCAUAACUUUUUUAUAAAUUCAUUUUUUUUUUAAUAACAGAUCCACAUACUUGUUCAAUGUUCCAAUUUCGUAGAGUGACCUUUAGGUGCCAACCUACUUUUCGAGAAAAUAGCCCUUUCAAGAAAUUUUGCUUGUAAAUACAGAAAUCCCUUGUUUUAUUGCACUUUCCGGGAGAUGACAAAAAAAAAGUGUGAUGUAGCAGAGGUGAUUGAAAAUAAUAAUUUAAAUAACAUUCAAGUAACUAAUAUGUACAUAUACAAUAAAAUAAGGUACAGUUAAACUCUGUUAAUACGAAAUGCCAAAAAUUCACGAUUUUGUUCGCAUUAAGUGUUAUUCGUAACAACCGUGAAUAAGGAAAAUGGGGGGAAAAUAAAAAAUGCAUAUGUAAGUUCAAAACAGAAUUGCUUUGUAACUCAUUUACAAUGUCUAUCUUUUCACAAAUUGAUUUAUAGUGUUUUCCUUUUUAAGCUCGCCGUCUUUAGCCUUUAAUGGGCUACCAAAUAAAGCAGCAUUCAGUUUAUCAGAAACGUCAGACUGCCAGGCAGGAUAGAUACUACGGAAUUUUUUCUUGCACAAACCAGAAAACGCUAAGCUUAUUUAGAGCAUGAAAUAACGUGCUUUAUCGAUACUCUAGGAGGGACUAAAUAGAAGUGUCGGAAAUAGUGGGACAGUAAUUUUUAUUGUGUAAAAUUGCUUUAGCGACAACUGAAGUACCAAUGCGAAGAAAUGUGAUAAUGAUGGACCCAGGUGGUAAUUCCCAAAUGAACGGUUGACUAUGAACUAAGACUGUUUUAUCCCCUAGCUUAUUGACCUGUCCAAAAAUAUAUAAGUUUAAUGAGCUUUAUAUCUAUAACUCUUUCUGAAUAGCAGAGACCUUGGCAGUCACCCACUUUGAGCUAUUGUGGGUGUGGCGACUUCCCACAAUAGCUAAUGCAGCCAAGAAUAUUCAACUCCCUAGAGAGCUAAUAAGUAUGAACUUGGAGUGUGUGUUCUAAGAAAAGGCAGGCGAUAUAAAGGACAGUUGGGGGAUAAUGCCUGCGUUGACAACAGUUUCAUUUAAAAUUUUUGGUGCCAACUGGGACAUUUUUCCCGGAAGAGGUCAGAAGUUUUGUUCGUCUUAACCGAAAAUUUCAUUUUGAUCUACGUAAUAUACAUGACAUCUUUAAUGUAAGUAAAUAGCAAACUAAACUAAAUUAACAAAGUUCUCGUUUUAGCCGUGAUUUUGUAUUAUCCGUGGUCGUAUUAACAGAGAUCAACUGUAUUUCUUAUAGUAAGACAAAAUUAUCUUACCAAUUGCUUUCUCUUUUAGAUAAACAAGAAGUUCUGUCUAGAACUAUACGAGCCUACUUUCCCGUAUACUCAUACUACUUUCUAGUACCUGAUCAAUAUUCUCAAAAAUAGCUAAAGUCGCAAAUUGUUUCAAACAUAUUUUUUUAAUAUUUUAAGCUAAUUUCUAGGAAUAAAAUAUUCCUCACUCGUCUA